AUGAGUGAUCAGUAUCCGAAAGGCGCCAUCAUUAUUAUAGUGGACAAUGAGAAGCCAGAAGGGAAUGGACCCUUUUGGGUCUAUCCUGUGCCAGACAUGGAGUCAGUGGAAGAAGGGCAGGAGACAAAGGGGUUCUUAAUAAUGUGUUCUGUGGAUCAACGCUGUGAUGAGCGGGAUGGAACAGUGCAAUGGAUCAGUGCCAAGAUGGUGGGGCGCAAACAGAUCCAUUUCAGGGUUCCUUCAUUGCCAUUCUUCAUGAUGCCAUUAAGCGCGAUCCACCAGGAUGCUGUUUACAAAGCCCUUGACGAUCAACUCCCAGAAAGCAUCAUGAAAUCUAUCAAUCACAGUGUCGCAUUCCUCACUCCUUCUACUACGGGUGGCUCUGUGGAUCCCAUGGAAUCUGCUGUGGCUGAGGCUCGCAAGUGGACGACCUAUGUCUUGGACUUUUCAAGGGUGUCUUAUGUCGGGGAACUGAAAGCGUCUCUGGUGUCUAGAGAGGCUGGGACGGAUGAGGUGCUUUCUUUUGAUUAUAUUUUGUUGCCUUGCAAGUGGGAGGCGGAUGGCAUGGCCGAAGAAGCAAGCGAGUUGGAAGAAUUCUUGGGCUUUAGGGUGGGUGUUGAGCUUCCCCAGGCGCAAGCUUCGCGCAAGGUCGGGCGACCCCAACAGGCACAGAAGAGUAAAAUGCAGCUAUGGGAAAGGAAGCCGCACUGGCAAAGAUGA